UUCAACCAGUACAAAUCGUAGUGUUUUAGCUUAGUGGAAGCCGCAAAGAAAAAUGCCUAAACGCAAGGCUGAUUACGUCGUUGAGGAGGACAACUAUCUGGACGAUUUGGUGCGUGAUAAGCAGAACAAUCAACCGUCCACAAGCAAGCAUACGCUCGAUUCGGACGAAGAGGACGACAGUGGCGAUGACGCGCCGUACAAUGUGCUGGAUGAUAAUGAAAUCAUGGGCGAGGAAGAAGGAAUGGCGCGGACAGAUGGCGAGACAAAGAUUACUCCCUUCAACAUGAAAGAAGAGAUGGAGGAAGGCCACUUCGACGCCGACGGACACUACUUGUGGAAAAAGACAGCUGAAGUGAAGGACCAUUGGCUGGACAACAUCGACUGGGUGAAGCUGAAGAACGAUCCAACUUACAAGGAGCGUCCGGCAAAGGGCGAAAAUCGUGGGUUGGCCGAUUCUUCCGAUUCGGAAGAUGAUGACGCAGAAACUGCGGCAAAGUUCGACGCCAUUGGCACCUACCGCCAGAUGCUGGAACUGAUGGAACCCAAGGAGUCGGUUAAGCGAGCACUCCAACGGUUGGGUAAAGGUACGGCGAAGCUGACUACGGCCCAACGUUGGAAGCUGAAAAAGGCUGGCCAAACGCCGGACGAAGCCAGUGCCAAGAUCACCAAACUGACGGCCCUGUCGAACGAGAUUCUUACAAACAACGGCAACAUGGACGUGUACGAGGAAACGUUCGAAAUGAUCCAGCGGAAGGUGUCGGCUGCAGAUCGGAAGGCACAUGCACAGCCAGCUUCUGGCGAAAAAGAGACGGCUGAUGAGCUGGAUAUGUAUGCGGACGAUUUCGAUUGUCGAGAGAAGAGCAAACUGGACGGCGGUACUGGACAAAAGAGUGAUAAGGUUAAUACUGCGACAGCCGCUGAUCAUGGCGAGGAUGACGAAGAGAACAAGAAGGGAAAGAAACUGAUGUGGGAGUAUAAGGAGCAACAGGACACCGAAACAGUACACGGUCCGUUCACGACGGAACAGAUGCAAACCUACGCCGAGGAAGGUCGCUUCGGAAACGGGGCUUUCGUGCGCAAAGUUGAAAGCGACGACGGGCGAUUCUAUUCCGCCGCUCGAAUCGACUUUGAUUUGUAUUUGUAAAUCGAAACUACAGUUAAUAAAAAGCACAUCUGCCA